UAACUGCUUGAAACUUAUCAGUCGUUUAAAAUUAAUAUCAGCAACCCAAAGUAAACAAUAGCACUGUUCAGCCAGGCGCAAAAUAUAAAGAUAAUAGUACCAAUAUGCGUACAUAAUGGAAAGUACUGGGGAUUCUAACUCAGUUCCAGCGUUCCAGUUACAAAACAAAUGCCUUAGUGACAGAUGCAGAGAUGUGUUUGGCAGCCUGGAUGCACUAGAACAGAAGCAUCAAGCCUUUGAGAAAUCUAGAGCAAGAGAUGAUGCUGAUGCUGAUAAACGCUUGAUACAUCAAGGCCCAAGUGAUGAGGAAACAGAGACUGUCCGUCCUUCAUUUAAAAGGCCAACAUUCACAGGAAGAGAUUACCAUGAAAGUAGAAAGGGUGGCAGACAUGGACAUGAGAGAGCAGAGCAGCAACAGUUCAGAAAACCUAUGCCUCCUCAGACACAAUAUAGAGGCAGAAAUUCUUCAAGAGGCAGAUAUGGCCGAAGUCGUGCUGAACCAGAUCACAAACUCCAUCCUGAACGUUGGACGGAGUACAGUUUGGAGGAUGUUGACACUAGCGAUACUGCAAACAAACGAGCAGCCUUGGAUUUCCUUCAUGAAAGGCGUAAAAUGAGAGAAGAUGAACUGAAGGAAGAAGUUAUGGACUUAGAAACUACUGCAUGUUCUAAGGGUUUGUUUACAUUCAAACGACCAACAAAACAAACAUCAGACACUGCAAGUUGUUCUGAUACAGAAAAACAAAAGCCUACCAGUAAUUUUGAGAAAAUGGAAGACGAUAAUAAUGAUUUUGCUGAUGUAGCAGAACUCGAAGAAGAUUUAGACAGACAAAAAGAUUUCAAAAGUCCAAGUAGUUUUAAGCGUAAAUUAGAAAAUAAAGAUUUACUAGAUGAAUCAGAGGAUUCAAAUGUUGAAGAAAAAUCAACUGGCUUUAAAAGUAGGAAAAAGAUCAAGAGGAAUUUUAGAGCACAAAGGGACAAUGAUGCAGAUGACAUAACUGAAUGAAAAAGUCACUAUUGUAGUUUGUUUGAACUGGCAGUGAGGUACAUGUAGUCGGCUUCCAUUUUUUUUUAAACAGCAUUUUACAUCAGUUUGAGGCCAGCAUUUGGCUAACUGGCAUGGAAGUAAGGCUUAAUUGUUUUCAAAUUGGUCCAGAAAGCUCCCUGUUUGUGAAGGGUAAAAUAUGAUUUUCUUCUAACUGAAUUUGAUGGUGAAUGGAGGAGAGAGAUUUAGUGUUUUUGUCAAGCCCGCUGGCCGUGAGCUCGACAUAGUUGUCACAAUGGCGGUUUGGUGUAUAUGCGUCUGUGCGUGCGUGCGUCCAUCCGAGUUUGUCCGGGCUGUUAACUUAUCCAUGGAUCAAGGGAAUCUUAAAUAACUUGGCACACAUAUUUGCCUCAAUGACAUGGUGUGCCAGGUGCAAGAACCAGAUUGGUAGCUUAAAGGUCAAGGUCAUACAUUGAGGUCAAAGGUCAAAACUCAGUGCUGUUUUGCUUGUCCGGGCUGUAACUCGGCCAUGGAUUGAGAGAUUCUUAAAUACUUUGGCACAAAUGUUUGCCUUGAUAAGAUGAUGUGUCAUGUAAGUUUGACCUUGACCUUUAUGCUGCCAGCAACAACCAGAUUGGUAGCUUACAGGUUAAGGUCAAACUUAAGAGGUCAGAGGUCAAAACUUGAUGCAGUUUUCCUUGUCCUAGCUGUAAUUCAGCCAUUGAUUUAGGGUUUCUUAAAUAACUUGGCAUGAUUGUUUGCCUCAAUGAGACAGUCUGUCUGGCAUAAGUAGUUGAAACGUAUGAUGAUUCACGCUUUAAACAAAGGAAUACAUUGUGUAUAUGCCAAUCACUUAAUAAGAACUUAAAGCUUCCAUUCAAACAAACCGAAUAUUCUAAUAUAUUCGAAUAUGGCAAACCGAAUAUUCUAAUAACUGAAUAUUCGAAUAUUGAUUUCAGUAUUCGUUCCCAUCCCUACUAUGUAUGUUUGCUUUCUGUUUUGUGCUGAGAUUUAUAUUGCACUAUUUUCAUUUCUAUUGAAGUACUGUUUUAUUUUGGGAAAAAAAAAGAAUGACAGUGAACUUUCCAACGGUUUUAUGACAUGAAUAAGUUAGCAAGAUAAAAACUACUAUCUUAACAUUGCACGUAAUAGUAUCUCAGUAUGCCAGUAAGCAUGGCAAAAUGUCUCAUAUCUUGCAAAUCUUGCACUUAUUUUAUUAUAUACAGUAUUACACGUUCAUAAUUUUAUAUUUCCUAGUUUUAUAUAGCUUUUAUUAUUAAUUUCUUUUAAAGUAUGUGAUGUUUUUAUGCCCACAGUGUUGAAGACAAGGUAUAGUGUUUGAACUGUCCGUCCAUCUGUCACACUUUCUUGUGUACUCCGCUCCUCCUACAGUAUUCACUUUAAAUGAAACUUGCGAGACUUUGUAUACAUGUACAUCAUUAAUAUAAUGUGAACAAGUACAUAUUUUACAAAUACAUCUGUACCUUGUGUGCUCAACUUCUGCAAUAGUUUCCAUCAUCUUAAAAUGAAACUUGAUAUACAUAAAGCAUGAAGCAGACAUGCCAAUAUUAUCGUUUUAGCUCACCUGAGCAUAAAGUGCUUGGGGUGAGCUAUCGUGCUCGCUCACCAUCCAGUGUCUGUCUGUCCACACUUUCCUUUGAACAACAUCUCCUCCUAAACCACUAGGCCAAUUUUGAUGAAACUUCACAGGGAUGUCUCAUGGAUGGUCUUCUUUAAAAAUUGUUCGAAGAAUUUAUGUUAAUGCAUAUGUUGAAAAUACAUAAGAGCAGCAAUGUUUUGGUAAUUCUUAAUAAGGAAAAAUUGAUAAAAACAUUGCAACAGGUUAAGGACAUUUUAAGUUGGCUUGUGUAAGGAUCUCCAACCAAAUCAUGUCACUAGGAACAAGUUUGAGUUUUGUAAGGUAAAGGACAUGCAACUUUAUAAAGUCAUAACAGUAAUGUUGUAUUGUUUUGUUAUUCAUUGAUUACUUGAUUAUAGUUAACAUCCAAAUGGUGACAUAUGUUGUUUAAAUUUUCCAAAUAAAAUGGAGAUACAAAAACAUUAACUUUGUCUUUAAUUGACAUCCACUUCUGUUUGAACAGGUUCAUAUUCAUAUUUUAGAUUAUACCAUUUAAAGUUUAAAGGUAUUGACUCAUCAGCCUUUUCCAGCCUACGGGGGCAUAUAGCAAAUGAACGGUCCAAACGGCCAAAAAGUUUGUAUAGCAUGUAUCCCAAAAGAUAUUUGCUUUGGAGUUGUGAUACUGUAAAGGAAUGUUUUUGUUCAACAUGUGAAAUUAUGCACCUCGGGAUCUGUUUGGGAUUGGCCUCCCUAUUACCCUUGUGUUCCAAAUAAAAGUAAUUGUUUGUUCCAUA